AUUGAAACAGAUUGUAGCACUAUUCGGGUCGCAAUGGCAACCGUCCGGAGUGGACGAGAGCAGCAAGUUUCCUCAUAUUUUUAAAGCCUGUUUCAUGUUACAGAAACGUUAUAAGCCGCCGAAGAAACCACUUUCUAAUGUGAGAAACAAACAUCACGGAAUUUCUCUUGUCCGAAAAUGUCCCAGGGAUGUUUAAUUUCUGUGGAAGAGAUCCAGUCCUGGUGGGAAGUCCCCGCCAUAGCCCACUUCUGUUCACUGUUCAGGACAGCGUUCAACCUUCCAGACUUUGAAAUAGAGGAGCUGGAGAAAGCCCUGUCAGAGCAAGACUUUGACUUCCUCGGGGAUCUCAUCGCAUGUUUGUUGCAGGGAUGUUACCAGCGCACUGACAUCACACCUGACAAAUUUAGCAGUUUCCUGGAUGACAUCAUCAGCUACCGAUGGGAACUGGAAGAAGGGAAACCCAACCCACUCAGAGAUGGAUCCUUUGAGACUCUCCCUCCUCGUACUCAGGUGGAACUCCUGCACCGCCUCUGUGACUACCGUCUGGAUGCUGCUGAUGUUUUUGACCUGCUUAAGGGACUGGAUGCUGACAGUCUGAGGGUGGAACCUCUGGGGCAAGAUGGAAAUGGAGCCCUCUACUGGUAUUUUUAUGGCACUCGUAUGUAUAAAGAAGAGCCAGUCAAAAGAAAAGCUGAGAGAAACAGCGAAAGCCCUGACCGGACUUUGCCAGAGAAGAAGAAAAGAGGGCGACCACCAAAGAAGAAAAGGUUGGAAGACCCUCAGCUAAGCGAUACAGAAAGUGACACGAAGACAGAAAAUGGACUGGAUGAACCACCCCCUGACACAGGUGAAAAGAUCUGCCGUAAGCGAGGCGCCUGGUCCCUUGUGUGUGAUACAGAGGAACAGUGGGUCAGUCUGGCAGAAAGCAUCAAGGACAAAAUCUCCCCGCAGGACCGCCACCUCUACCGUGUCAUCAGCCAGAAUUUCCUGCCCGAGAUCAGCAGCAUGAUUGAGCACAAGGAGCGGGAGCAGAAACAGAAGCUACUCGACCCAAAUCCAGUUCGUGCAUCACAACGUUUCACAGAAAAACACGUGAUCCAGGAAGAGGAGGACAAUUUGAAGACCACAACAGAGGUUGAAAAGAAGAAAGAGGAAGACCUUGAUAGGCAGGUCUUGCUGGCUGAGCAGAGACGAGAAGAGGAAAGGCUUCUGCAGGAAGAACGACAAAGAGAGAAGAUGGAGAAAAUCAAAGCAGUGGAAGAGCGAGCAAAGAGGAGGAAGAUGCGAGAAGAGAAAGCCUGGCUGCUGUCUCAAGGGAAAGAGUUGCCGCCUGAACUCCUGAAUUUGGAGCCUUCUUCUCCCAUUCACCGCAAACGAAAGAAUAAGGAAUACUAUGACAUUGACGAUGACUAUACUGCUUUAUAUAAAGUGCUCGAGGCUCUGAAAGCCCAUAAAGAUGCUUGGCCGUUUUUGGAGCCGGUGGAUGACUCUUAUGCCCCUAAUUACCACGAGAUCAUCCAGACCCCUAUGGACCUUUCUACCAUUGAAAGGAAGCUCAAUGAUGGGGAAUACGUUGCUAAAGAAGAAUUUGUUGCAGAUGUGAAGCUCAUGUUUGAAAACUGCAUGGAAUACAAUGGAGAAGAUAGUGAGUACACUAUCAUGGCAGAAUCUCUAGAAAGGUGUUUUAGCCGGGCUUUAUUAAAACACUUUCCGUCUGAGGACGGUGACACAGAUGAGGAAUUCCACAUCCACAAAGAAGACAAAGAGCGCAAGGACAAAAAGCGCAAUCGGGGAAGUAAACAUUCAGGGCCUGAAAGUCUGAUUAAGGCCACUGAGCAGGCCCAACGUAAGCGAAACUCAGGGGGCCAGGGGAGCACACUCUCAGAGGAACAGGACAGCAAAAUGGCUCGACCACUUCCUCCGCCACACUGGACCAAUGGUCCCCCUCAUCCACUCAGCCGGCCUCCAAGUCAGCAGCACAUCCAUGAAGGAGACAUGAGGGGAAUGUACCACCCAGGGCAACAGCUUCAUCGUCCUCAUGGUCCCCAUGGUCCACACAUGUAUGCCCAAAGAAUGGCCAUGGAUCCCCGUUUCCCCUACCCACCUCACAUGCCAUCACAUGGAGACCCCAGCCUGAACCGUAUGCCUCACAACUAUAACAUGCAGCAUCGCAUGGUUGAAGGACAUCACAUGGGACCUCGGUAUUCAAUGGGCCCUGAUCCCAACCAGAUGCAGCCCGCACAUCAGCAUCAUCACCGCUAUAUGGGUCCAACUCAUGGUCCUUCUCUGGGUCCACGUCCGGUGGCUCUUCAGCCUGGACCUCCUCCUGAAGCCAGCAUGUAUCCAUCCCACCAACGUCCAGAGGGUCACACAAUGCACCCAAUGGGCAACAGAUUCCCAGGCCCGGAAGGACCACCACAGCACCACUACCCAGGCAUGAGGGCUCCUGGUAUGGGCCUACCCAACAUGUGGAAUGGCAUGAACCACCAAGGUCAGGAGAGACCUACUGGGAUGCGGAUGCAGGAUCCUAAUGCAAUGAACCAGCGCAACUUUAGUUACGGUGGAAUCCCACCCCCAGUAGGGCAUAAACCAUGGCCAGAAGCAGCUGGAUACCCCCACCCUCCUCCUAAUGCCCAGUAUCAAAUGUCAGCAACAGUCAGCUCCCCCGGGCCCAUGUCCUCGCGUCUCCCUGUACCCCAUCCAGAGUCCUCUGGCAGGACACGCUUGGCUUCCAUGCUGGAAAGCCCCGAGAUGCUGGCCCUGCAGCAGCUGUCAGCCUCUUCUGGACCCCCUGCCGGUACUCCUCAUCAACACAUGGGCAACUUUCAGCAGGCUGGGCCCCCAUCAGCAAUUGGCAGCAACCCAGCUCACGCCUCUCAGCAGCCUCCCCCUGCCUCUGAAGUUCAGCUGCUGCAUCCUGCUACAGACAAUGGGCCAGACAGCCAGCCUUCCCAGCAGACAGACAUGCAGCCUAAAGGAUCAAGAUUGGAGAACAAAAUGGCCCCAAAAAGUACUUCUGACGAAGCUUUAUCACGCAAAACCACUGUUCCAGCCAACCAAGGGCCUACCACUAUACCCACAGGACACCAAAGUGGUCUAGCAGAGGAAAUGCAGAGUCCCCCAAGCCCUCACUUGAGCAGAUCACAGGAGAAUCUGCCUGGACCGAGGCAGGGUUCAAUGGAGGGUCACAAGCAGGAUGUUGAUGGCCAAGAACAAUCUGCGAGCCACUGUCCCCCUCAACACCAUAACAUGACCAUGACCUCACCCCACUUCAACUCAUCUAACAACAAUUCCACUGGUCCCACUCUACCAAAACCUCCUCAGCACAUACAGAACACUCCUCCACACAAAGUCCCAAGUCCUUUACAUCCUCAGCAGAGUCAAAUGUCAGAAAACAACAUGCCACACAUGGAAAACACACGUAAACAAAAUGAACAUCAGCCAAACAUCCCAAAACAGCAGCAGCCUCCAGCACCUGAGAGCUCCCCCAAACAGAACACACAGCAACACCAUUCUCAGAGUCAGCUACCUCAACACCAGUAUCCCCAAAACUCUCCACAACGCCCACCACAGAACAGUCCCAUGCAAAUGAGGCUACUGAGUAGUACACAAGGAGCCCAGCCUGGACCCCCUCAGCCUGCCCCUUUUACCUCUUUGCCCCCUAGCCACCCUGCUCCACUGUUACUGUCCCAGCCUAGCCCAGCAGACCAGGGAGAUCAAAGACCUAGUGAGCCUACAAGUAGGCCAGACACAGAAGGCGCUGCAGGUCCCUCACAGCCUAACAUGGUGAAAUCUGGGCCUCUAAAUGGAAUUUAUAAACACCAGGCUUUUAGCCCAAAUCACCAAACCCAGCUUGUGGGUACAAACUCAGCUCCAAGAGGGCCGGUCCCUGGUCACAAUCCUGCCAUGCCUCCUCACUCCCAAGGCCAAGUAAAUGGAGCUGUAGGUUCGUAUGCCAUGGGUAGCAUAUCACAUGGACAGUAUAACCAGCCAAACAGACCUACGACUCAGUCUGCUCACCACCCAUUCCACAGUCAGGCAUUUAACCCCCUCCACAACCCAGCUCAGCACCCUGCAUACCACCAACAGGAAGGGACCGCCUACUCCUAUCACAUGUCAAGCCAACAGCACCCUCAGGCCCAUCCUAACAUGUACCAGGCUCCUCAGUUCCAGCAGCAACAUUACUACCCACAACCACAUCCCCAGGGUCCAGCCCAUAAUCAGGCCAAUAGCAGAGGUGGUUAUCCUCCAGAGGACUGGCAUCGGUCUCAGUACCGCCCCCGCCAGCCAAUGCCGCCCAACGCUUACCUACCUGUAGCCAGUGCCAGAGGCUCUAAUCAGUCAAAGGACAGCAGUGUGUCCCCACUGGGUUCUGAGGGCUCUAGUGCUGGCUUGGUGUCCCCUGGCCCAGUAUCAGAAGCAGGGCCACAUUCCGAGGGCCCAGAGGAGGGACCGCGGGAGGGCAGGGAGCAUGCAGGUCGAGGUAAUGGCAACGUUGGUAGUCCAGCAAAACAUACUGAGGAGAGGUCGGAGCAACCUGACAGCCCUAAAGAAAUCCUGGACCUCGACAGCCAUAACGCCGCUGCCCGUCGCCGUAGCACCCAGCUACCUCAACACCAGCACCCACCCGUCUCAGCUGCACACAUGGCAUCUGGCUUCAUGUAUGACCCUCGCGCUGUUCACCCUGGGAUGCAGCAGGGUGGCAUUCCCCCACCUCACAUGAUGUCUCAUGCUCGAGGCGUUGGAAAUGGGAGCCCUUACCCUGACCAGCCUUACCCAGAUCCUGGACGUUACACUGCUCAGAGACCUCACCCACACCUGAUGGAGGCGCUGCAGCGGCCUCAGCAGCUGCCCUACUCCCCAGGUCAGACACGCAUGGUCAUGUACCGACACCCUCGGCCUGGUGGGCACUUUCAGGGCAUGAUGGUUCAGCAGAGAGGCCUGCCACCAGAACACUUUCCACACCCAGGUCAACAGAUGACGGCUGCACCAGGCGGCCCUGGGAGUAAACAGGGAGUGUGACAAACACCAAUAGGAUUAGAGCCUAUUAUCAAAGAUGUCAGCAUGCUGGCGACACUGAAAGACACAGCGGAGAGAAAACUGUUUGGGUGUCAUUCGGUUUCAAUUACGUGUUUUACUGAUUUGUCUUUUUUUACACUGUACAAAAACCUUUUGCCCACUCAAGAAUUCAAGUUCAAACAUAAUGUGAAAAUGUUGUUGAGCCUUGGAGGACCAUCGAUUUUGAUUUUCUUGCCGUUCUCCUCAUAGAGUUCAAAGCACAGGGUCAGUCCAUUAAAAUUGCUCUGUGGAAAUGGUAGGAAUUCACUGACAUGCUGAAGAACUCAACAUCGGAAUUUGCCUUAAAGAACACUGGGCAGGCCCUUCUUCAUUGUUUGGAUGGACUCAAGUGAUAACAUCUUAAUUGAGCCGCUGAACACUACCGAUCUUUCCUGUUUUUUGCUGUAGUGCUAGAUGGAGCUGUUACUCCACGGAUAGAACUACAGAGAACUGUGAUGAAGACGAAAAGGAUCUGUCAUUUUUACUGUUUUUUUUUUUGUUGUUGUUGUUUCUACUAUAUAAUUAACUCAGGUGUAGAAAAGGAGGUACUAUGAGACUGUCACCCAAACCCAGUCAACUCACAGGCCCCUUGCAAUUGCCUUGUUUUUACUUUGUGAAUGUAUGUGUGAAUGUGUUGGUGAUGAGGUGAGCGCAGCGUGGUGGCUGCUUGUGAAAGGAUACAAACACUGAUUAUCUGUCUGAAGCAUAAACCGUCCUGACAAAGGCCCAGUUACUGUUCAUAGCCACCCCAACUCAAAGUGUUUCUCAUGCUCUGGAGGAAACACAGAAUAUGCAUCUUUCAAAGCUGCCUUCAUGGUUAAGAAUGUCUUUGACUGGCAGAGACCGGCACAGACACAGCACUGUGUGUGUCCGACUAUACCCGGCUCUCUGUUAUGCACUAUGGAUUUUGGGAGUCUAGACAUCUGGAGUUAAGUGGCCUUGCAUAGUCUUUAUUUAUGAAAAUUAUAAAAACAAGCAAAAAACACGGAACGAGAAGGUGCAACCGGAGGUUUUCCUGGACACCCGUUCUUAUUCUGUGGUUUUUAUUUGUAAAUUGAAGAUGAGUAGAUGAGUACCGAUGACGUCAAAACUAUGAAUUAACUGCAGUGAGCAAAAGCGGCUGUCCAUACUUUUUUCUCACUACUGAACAUAACGUUGAUGUCUUCAGUUUUCAUCUGCAAUAUAGAAAACAGAAGCAAAGAAACAACCCUCCAUUUUAAAGACUUACCUCUUGUCCCUGAGAAGGGAAAUCUGUAUUUCUCAGGCGGUAACAUGUCCUGCUUGCUGGUAUAUGCACAUACACAUAAAAUCCUGCUGUUGUUUCGGUAACCCUUCCUUUUACAGUCCCUUAAUUAUAACACAGUGAGUAUAACUUAAAUGAUAGUUUAUGGUCAGGUCAAUACCACGCUUUGAUAAGAGGGUAAAUUCAGAGAAACUAUGGCUGAAACACUUAGAAAAACAUCCAUAAUUAUGCUCUAGUUCAAAUUUCAUUAAUCGUAUAUGGUUCAAAUUAAUUGUAAAUGCAUAAGAAACAGGAUAGUUGACUUAAAAUCAUAUUGAAGGAGUCACAGAGCUGCAGAUUCAGCUUAUUUAUAUAUACAAUAAUGUGCCUGUGGGAAUGUAGACUUUUUUCAGCUUGACUACAGUGAUAAGAUUAAUUUAUGGCCAAUAGUGAAAGUGUUUUGUUAAAUUUUUAAUUAAUUAUUUCUGCCCUUAGCUGGUCACAACACAACGGUACUUAGAGAUGGCGGGUAAUUAUUGGAGGUUUUUCUAACUACUAAAGCUGAAGUUUCACCGUAUUUAAUUGCUUAUUUUUCAGGGGUAAUUAAUCACAUUAUGGGGUAAUUAUUCAUCAAAUCCACGACUAAAAGGAAGGAUUACCGUUGUUUCUUGAAGUGAGACAUUUUUGCAUUCCACCUACUAUUUUUUUUUUCUGUCCCUCCCUUUGCAUGUUAGCUUUUUUGAGUGGUUCCUCAUCCCCACAUCAGUGUACAAAAAUGUUUCCUCAGGGUGUACAGUUGCUAUAUACGGGUAUUUUUCUGAUUUAUUCAAGAGUAAGAAAAGUGGGAUUACAGCUGUGAUAAAUGAAUCCGCUUUAGUUUAUUCUGCAUUAGUCGAAUUCAAAAAAAAAAAGAAAAAAAAAA